UUCCCCCGCAAGCCUUUGCGCCAUUCGUAAACAAAGAUGGCUUCCGCAGGUUUGCAGAAUUGAUGAAAACUUGAAGAAUUUCUAUAAAAUGGGACGAUGUUGUGCUGUUCUACCUUAAACUGCUUGCUAUAACUACGUGUUUGAAACAUGUUUACCUCGUCAGGGUUUUUCAAGACCAGUCCGUGCCCUUUUCUGGCGGAAGGCGUGUGUGACAGGUCGCACUGCCACUUCAAGCAUGAGAGGCCAACACAAACAGAAUCAGCCAGCAGCCAAUCAGGAAGUGACGUCUCUCAGGAAGACUCUCCGGGCCACGCCUCCACCGUCCUCAGGAUUGACAUCGUCAAGGAUGCCGUGGUUAAAGUGCGGAACGCUAUGGAAAAGGAACAGAGGGAUCUGGGUCAUCACCAUGGUAACUACAUGCCCUAUGACCCAUCUGCGAGCGAGGUGCCCGCCCCGGCCGUCCACACAAAACUCCCCAGUACCAUGCCCGGCAUCGCGGGAACACUGGAGUACCGACCCACUCCCAUAGCCGAGCUGAAGAAGCGCCAAGCUGCCGGGGCUGACGUGAUUGGACAGGAGCAUGACGAAUAUGACCCGACCCGUCCAUCCACAGAUAUAGGCGGAAGCUUAGGUUACCGCCCCACUCCUAUCACUGAGUUAGACGUCCAAGAUCCACCCGUCAACAAGUAUUCAGAGGCUUUCAAAUAUCAAGGAACAGACAUGGAGUAUGACCCUAUCAUGAAUUAUUGUGCCAUUCCAAAACAACAGAAGAGGAAAUUGGCAGAUAUUUCUGAGCAAGGCUGUGAGGCUGUUGGGUCGGCACAGCCGGUCAGUAAACAAAGGAAGCUAGGGAGAGAUCGGCGUGUUGUAGACACUACUCAGGACAGUUUAGAACUCACAGAAGGCACAAGAGCAGACAACGUCAGCAAUAACAAGGAGAUAGAGCCCAGAAUCUCACAAUCAGAUAUGUCUCAAGAUUCAAGCAAUAAUGAGAGAACGCUCAGAGUCUCUGAAUCAGAUAUGGCAUCAGACACUGGCUUGGGUAUUUCAGUAAAAGGGAAUAGAACAAAGUCAAAGAGCUCUGUGAAGAAAACUGGAAAGCUGAGUAGUGAUGUUUCCUCUGCACCAGGCAGAGAUGACAUCAAGAGGAGAAAAACUUCAAAACACCCAAAAGAUGCACACAUUUGUAAAGAUGAGUCUGAUGAAAAGGCAGCAAAGCAUGGUGAUGUCUCUUUAGUAAAAAGUAAAGUUAGAACCAAAGAAAAGGAUGUGAAAUCUAAGGUUGAUGGAAAGAAGAAAAACUCUACAAGUAAAAACCCUACGAAAGAAGUGAACACAACACACAAGGAGAGUCAACAGCAAUCUAAGGUGAAAAGAUUGACAACAGAAAACAGGUCUGCAUCUAAGACUAAGUCAUCUUCAACACUGAAAAGCACAGACAAAAACUUUUCUAAAACAAGCAGAUGUGAGAAGGUGUUUGAUGAAGAGAAUUCCUCCAACUAUUUACCUAGGGGCACGGAGGGAGAUGACUCUACUGUUGACUCAGUUUCUGAGGAUUGCUCAUCUAAUGAUGUGUCAGACUGGAAAAAGAAGAGAAGACUGAAGAGAGUGAGGCAUGAGGAAACCCGACAUCAAGCACCAGAAGAUGAGGUGUAUGUCAGCAGUACCUCAGACGAGUGUAACACUGAGUAUGGCAGCUUGAUGGAAGACGACAGGAAGGGAAUAGAACACAUAAAGCAUUCAGUAUCCUUAAUGAAGAGUGGAACCAGCAAAAUAUCAGAAAGUUAUCAUCCUAAACUUGCUGAAAAAAUGGAUAAUCGGAUAAAAAUCAAAAAACAAACAUUGAACCCAAGUGAUUCGGAGGAAUAUUUGAGCAAGCUGAAAAGCACAAAAUUGAAGCAAAAUACUAGAUCUGAAUUGCCAGAAGGCAAAGCUAGUAAAAGUCAUAAACAAUGUGGAACAGAUAGUAAAUGUAUCAAAGCUAGUUCUGAGGGAUUUAAAAGCAGCCAUGAACAUGGAAAAGGGAAAGAAGGAAACUUUAAGGUUAAAUCAAAGUCAACAUCUAGCUGCUCUUCAAACUCUGUGUCCAAGAAAGGAGCCAAUAAUGACAAACAUGGAAAAAUAAUGGCUCACAAAAGUUCAAGGUCACAAAAGAAAUUGAUUCCUGACUCGGACAGUGAUACAGUAGCCAGGGAGAAAGUAAGACAGUCUAAGUCGGCCGGGAAGAAAGUGAAAAGUAGUGGAGACAAGGAUAAGACGUCCAAGACACCCGGUAUAAAAGUGAGCCAUGCUGAUCUGUUUGGAGAGGAGAGUGAAGAUGAUACCUCCAUGGCAACAGGAGAUGGUACUUCCCAAGAUGCAUCAUCAGAUGACCCCACCAGUGGACCUGACCUUGAUCCUGAGGUUCUGCGCAGAUUAGAGGAAGAGGAGUUUGAAGAUUCGGAGGAUCCGUACGAGGAGUGUCUUCGGAUUUUCCAGGAGACCCACGGGAAAAUGGCAGACAACAAGAUGGGAUCUCAGGACGCCCCUCAGUGUGAGGAAGAGGACCAGGCUCAGUUCACCAGUCUUCCUGGGCAGGCAGGGAAGAAACGGACGGCCCACCUGGCUAGCUUUGACACGUCCCACAUGAAACGGGUGACUCCGAAGCGACCCAGACCAACAGCCUCACAGCAGAUUCACAACAGAUACAAACAACUGCAGGAGAUGGCUGCAGCAGCGCCACCUGCUGACCCUGAGCCAACCUCCCGUCAGUCAGGCUCCUUACUCAGCUCAGCUGCACAGAAAAAACGCCUGGCCCACCGACCAAAGAUCCCACCACCCACCGGGAAAUACAGCCUCAGCAAUAGAGGCACUGCAACCUCCCAGAACAGCCCCCACAAAUCCACCCCCCCUCCUGCUGCCACCCUGGCCAGGACUGCGCCGAAGGGGGGGCGGCGUGUUGCUCACACACCUGCUCCUACUACAUUGAAGAGGCCGACUGUGCCUGCAGAGUUUGGGUCCAAAAUCCCCACCAGCACCAGACAACUGUACCUGAACAAGAUCGUGGACGAGUGUUUACUCAUCUGUCAGUCAGAACAGGCAGCCUAUGACAGGGCCCUGAAGGAGGAGAAAGACUGCUAUGACCGCUGCACUGCCCGACAAGGCUACCUGACGGCCACAGUGUCCACCAUCAGGAGACUGCGCAGUGAACACGGACUGACCACCACUCCUUCUAAAGCUGUUUCGUCCAGCCAGCAGCGGCCUAAGAUGUCCCAUGCUGCAGUGUUGGGUGGUUCCAAGGCUGCUCACACCAGUUUCUCCAUCCACAGACAUCCCAGUCAGUCUACAGGAAACUCCCUACAAGGUGCAGAAGUAUACAGACAUCUACUGCAGUACGUACUUACUGAAGAACAGAUGAAAGAAAAUGGUUUCCCUCGACCCAGCAUGGACAAGCCUGGUUCAGCUCUCCUCUUCAAGGAGCAAACCAAGAAGUUUUCCGACCCUACCAUGAAGUCUUGUGCUCGCUGUGGGAAACAGUUCACAGUGUUGAACAACAACCGUUACCUGAAGAGGGAUGAAUGUGUUUAUCACCAUGGCAAGCUGUGGAAACGGAGAGUGGCAGGAGGUUUUGAGUCCAGAUACACCUGCUGUCAGGGCGACGCCCAGGCUGAUGGCUGCUGUACAGGAGAGCUGCAUGUAUGGGACUCUAGGAAGGAGGAUCUGGACGGAUAUGUCACCACCUUACAGAAGUCACCUACAGAAGACCCGGGGGUGUUUGCAUUGGACUGUGAAAUGUGUUACACAUACGGAGGGAUGGAGCUCACCAGAGUCUCUGUGGUCAACUGGUCAAACAAACUUGUAUAUGAGACCCUGGUCAAGCCUGAAAACAAAGUUAUUGACUACAACACCAGGUUCAGUCCUAUAAAGGAAGAGGACAUGGAUGGUAUAGAGACCAGCAUAAGGGAUGUCCAGGCAGUGUUGUUGAGUAUGUUCAGUGCUGAUACUAUACUUCUGGGACACAGUCUAGAGAGUGACCUUUUAUCACUCAAGAUCAUUCACAGUAAAGUAGUGGACACCUCUGUGGUUUUCCCCCAUAAGAUGGGCCCGCCCUUCAAGAGAGCUCUUCGGACUCUUAUGAAUGAAUUUCUGCAGAAAAUCAUACAGAAUGAUGUUGGUGGCCAUGACAGUAAGGAAGAUGCCGUGGCCUGUGUGGACCUGAUGAAAUGGCGCAUCAAGGAGGACAUCAGGAGCAGCAAGCUGUAAACCUUUAUCCAACCAACACUUCAAAUAACUCAGACUUACCCACACUUCUGGCUGACACAGAAUGGACCUGUCUGUUGCUAUUUCUGGAAUGUGAAGCUGAAGUCAUGUGACUGCAGCAGUGGUUGGCAGGUGCCAGAUCACCUGUGUGUGGUGGAAUGUGCUGGGAUGUGUGCAGCCUUCUACGCUCUGUUGCUGCAGUCACAUGAUUGAAUCAAAAUAUUUGCAAGAAAAAGAAAAUACAGACCUUUUUAAGAACAACUAGAAUACAGCUGCUCGUCAAUUUUGCAAACAUUACACUCUAUACUAUGAAAUUUCUGCCAGGCUGGAUAAGUAUCCCAUGAUGGAUAAGUAGAUCUUCCACAGCCAGCAACUCUCAAACUCUCACCCCAUUACUACAUGUACCCCCAUCCCCCCUCUCUCCAGACACACACACACACAGCCGACUCAGAUUUUGUUGAAAGUCUUGUCUAUGGUACAUUCUUUCUGGUUUGAGUUGUUUGAUGACAUUGUUCUGCACACAGCUAACAUAGUAUUACAUGUACUUUUACAGUCAAUCUGGCUCACAGAGUACAGAACCUACUAACAGAACAGUACAGUAUGGAAAUGUUCCAUUAAUUCUACUGAAAGGAUUUUUAUUGCACCAAUAAGACUUUCCUUCAGUAAUACCGCUCCUUUUCCUGUAUAAGCAAUUGAUAAUAAAAAUUUGAAAAAUGAAAUCAAUUCACACAUUUUAUGGUUACUUGAAUGUGAUGCAGAGAUACCUUUUCUUACUAAUAUAACAUUCUAGAAUCUGUUAGUCUGGGAGUUAGUUAUACCAAAUAAACUCAUCCUCACUGGUGUACAGUCUGGA